GCUGUGUGUGGCUUCCGGGUUGUUGCCUCCUUCCCUCCAACUUCGUGCCAAUGGCGUCCAGCGGCCAGGAGCGGGCCGCUGAGGAUGGUGGCGUCUCCGGCAUUACGGGAUGCAGCAAGACUCCUCAGCCUGAGACUCGGGACAACUUACCGACUCCCUCACAGGGCUCAGGCCCCCGCGCAGUUCCCGUGGCUGCAGCAAACUGUGGCUCCUGCCUUCGGAGAAAUGUGAUCAGCGAGAGGGAACGCAGGAGGCGGAUCUCCUUGAGCUGUGAGCGCCUGCGGGCUCUGCUGCCUCAGUUUGAUGGCCGGCGGGAGGACAUGGCCUCCGUCCUGGAGAUGACUGUGUACUUCCUUCAGCUUGCCCACAGCAUGGCUCCUGGCUGGGAGCAGCUCUCUGUGAGUUGUAAGCAGGCUCCUCAGCCUUCCCAGGAGAUGUGGCACCUGUGGCAGGGGGAUGUCGUGCAGGUGACCCUGGCGGAUCAGAGUGUGGACAGCAAGCCGGACUCCGGGAUAGCAAAAGCAUCCGGUGCAGCUCGAGUGCAGGACUCCCCAUGCUGUGAGAUGCUGGGUGUGGACCAGAGUCAAGCCCUGGGGAGAGUGUCAGAACUGCUGGAGAGACCCUCUUCCCCGCUUGAGCCUUCCAGCUUGAGUGCCGGGCUCUCACCCUGGCUUCCUCACUCAUGGCAGUUAGCCACCCCCCAGACGAGCGACAUCAUUUCUGGUGGGUUGCACCCUGUGGGAUCCCUGGCCAGGGACACUGAAUCUCCGGGCAUGCUGGCUGAGGAGGCCAACUUUGUCCUGACAUCUGUGCCUGAUGCCAGAUACACCACAGGGGCAGGGUCGGACGUGGUGGAUGGAACAUCCUUUCUGCUGACCACCAAUCCUGAUUGGUGGUUGGGGUCGGUGGAGGGCAGAGGAGGUCCAGCCCUGGCCACGAGCAGCCCUAUGGACAGGGCAGAACCAAGCUUCAUGUUGGACCCUGAGCCCAGCUCCCCGGAGCUCCAGGCCGGCCCCCUAGAGCUGUGGGGUUUGGAUUUUGGCAGCCCUGGCCUGGCCCUGAAGGAUGAAGCCGACAGCCUCUUCCCUGACUUUUUCCCCUGAGAGUUUAGUUAUCAGCUCGGUGGGGGAACAGGGCAGUACGUGUUUAGCCUGUGCCCAUCCCUUGCUGGGUGUUGUAUUUUGGGUUUCGUUUGCAGCUGCGGUCUAAUUUGUGGGAGGCUGG